AGAAACUGUAAGGAUCCCGAGUACAAACAAGAAGAUAUAAAUUAGGAAGUACAAGGUCUGCAAGGGUGCACGAAAAUAACUAUGAAAAUGUCUGCAGGAAAUCCAAACCCGAGAGGUCUUGAAUCCUCUCAAUUCAUAGUUAGCCAGCCGCUUCUCUUUUAUCUCCAUUAAUGAAUUUAGGAAUUUUCUCUACAACCCCUUUGGCUUCCAUGGAAGAUUGAUUGUUUAUUUACUUGUUCAUGCAUUUUUUUUUAUAUAAAUCACUUAUGUUCAUCUAUGUAAUCAACCGAUGAAUGAAAUAUUCUGAAUACCUUAUCAUUAUCUCCUUCAAAUUUCUAUUCCUCUCUCUCAAUAUUUAUCUUUCCUCUCUGACUUUCUCACUCUUUCUCUUGAUAUUCUUACUCUAUAUUUCUCGAAUUCUUUUAUUUUUUCUCUCACUCUCCCCCUCUUUAUCUCAAACCUGAAUACAUACUUUCUUAAAACAGAACAAUGUACCUGGGUCAUGACAGAAACAUGAAACAAUUUCACUAGAAAAUGAUCAAUUCCAAGAUACCAUAACUUGUUGAUUAGAAAUCUUUUUACAGAUUCUAAUUUUGACGAAAAGGGAAAAGUACUAAUAGGAAAACAAAUCCAAAGUUUUGAAAGGUUCUUAGAUAAUUAAAUUACUCAAAUAUCCUAGAAGUACUAUUUCCUAAAUAGAAAAAUAAGAAUAAAUCUCUUAAAAGCUAUCUUCACCAUUCUUCUCAUUUAGUCUUUAGAUGAAAAAUACUAUUUCCUAAAUGUCUUAGAAGCUAUUGUAAUCAUUCUUAUUUAGGCUUUGGACGGUUCUGCAUCAUGAACAGCUUGAGAAAAAGGGCUGCAUCAUUGCCAACCAGUGCCCAUUCUCUAAGCUAGAUAAUGAAUUCAGCUCAUCUUCUCUUUUCGUGCCCUUAGGGGAGAAGGUUAUAGGAUUUAGUGCUCAAUCUCAUGGGAAUUUCUGGUUUGUUGAUCAAGAAAAAGUUUCUUAUCCUCAUCCCCUGUGCUAUUUUCAGGUCCUCGUGGAAAGAAAUGAGGUUUGUUACGUCUAGUUUGGCUAGGUUUGAAACCUUAUCAAUUUUAAUUAAAGGCCACCAACUCCUUGGAGAAAAUCUUGGAGAUACCACUAAUAUUCUGUUUGACUUCCUAAACCCUGAACCUGAAAUAGGAAAACAGUAACAAAAUAAGACUUCUACCGAAGUAUGAAACAAAACUCUAAGCUAAUAAUAAGUCUAUUUCUAGUAGUUCCAUAACAAACUAAACUGCCUUAAUUAUUUGUGAAGAUUAUAAUUACAUCAGUAUCUCAGAGCAUUAGAGUAUGUUCAAUUCUGGAAUCUCCCUAUUCCGCAUGAUAUCCAACCUUAAAUUUUACUAGAAACAGCUGCAUACCCAAUCCUUGGAGAAGAAAUGUAGAAAUGCUUUAGUCAGGGUGCAAGGAAAGCCAUCGCUCUUCCACAAGAUAGAACCAUGCAAUAGUCUGCCUCACAUGCAAUCCAACAAAAUCAGGCAAGCGAAAGACAUUUGACCUUCCUUUCCAAUCUAGAAUUUAUGGUGAACUUUAACACAACUAAAGAAACAUGUGAUGCUUUUCUUACUGUAUAGUUUAAUUUUUGUUUAACUAAAACUAGGAUUGGAUUAGGGUAUGAUGUCAAUUUUCCGAUACUUUUAAAAUUUAGGUAGAGGGGAGAGUGAGGGAGAAGACAUUCACUGGAAAGCUCUGAACAAUGCAUGACACUUGUACCCUUUACUUUUGGUGCCUAACAAGUAACUACACUAAUUCCAUGACAGUUCCCUAAUUAUCUGCUACUUACCUCAACUCCUCAACAAUCUUACCGAUUUUUUAGUCAUAACAGUCCAGGUAUCAUGUUAUUGAUUUUCAAAAGAGCUAGUAGUCAUGUUCCCUUGAAGAUUUUAUCCAUAGAAGAUGGUACAGUUCUCAAAGCUUUCAACCAUCUGCUUCAUCGAAAUAAGAAGGUUGAUUUUAUUGAACAAUUCAACGAAAAGCUUCUUGUCAAGCAAGAAAAUGAGAACCUCCAGAUUCUCGAUGUUCGAAAUGCAGAAUUGAUGGAAGUUAGCAGAACAGAAUUCAUGACUCCAUCAGCAUUUAUUUUUCUGUAUGAAAACCAGUUGUUCCUAACAUUCAGAAACCGGACUGUUGCUGUUUGGAACUUUCGUGGAGAGCUUGUAACUUCCUUUGAGGAUCACCUGUUAUGGCAUCCAGAUUGUAAUACGAAUAACAUAUACAUAACAAGUGAUCAGGAUCUAAUAAUUUCUUACUGCAAAGCUGAAUCUGAAGAUCAAUGGACGGAAGGAAAUGCUGGGUCUAUAAAUAUCAGCAAUAUUCUGACUGGAAAAUGCUUAGCCAAAAUAAAUUCCGCUAGUGGCACUCCUAAGGUAAAUGGGUGCAGUAGCGGUUCAGGCAGCUCUACCCAGAUGAGGAGCACAGUUGCAGAGGCAUUGGAAGACAUAACUGCCCUUUUCUACGAUGAGGAGCGCAACGAGAUCUACACCGGAAACAGACAUGGACUGAUUCAUGUAUGGUCUAAUUAGCUUGUUGAAUCAGCCAGAUGUUAGAAAGAUUGUAUAUUUUUAGGAGAUCUCUUUGUGUUGAAAUUGUAUCUUAGAUGAUUUUUAAACUACGGUGUUGUAAUUUCUAGAUUUUUCCUUUGGUGUAUAGAUUUUCUGAUUGAGAUGCAAUGAAGAGACAGAAAGUAUGGAAUGGUGGCUGGUCUUGCAGACUUACCUUGUAUCUAUACUAGAAUUCUUUUGUCUGCUUCCCUUUGCAGACCAUUAAAAAACAACAUGAUGUAUCAGUGACUAAUUUUCUU